AUGUCUACGGCACCGACAUCCCAUCCGGUAGCCUCAGAUGUCCCGGGACCCUCAACAGAAUCUCUAGAAGUCGAAAGAUCCAUCGGCUUUGAUGAAUUUGGUGUUGAAUAUAUAAAUGAACCAAUUGAAGGACAACAAAUUAAUGGAAAUGUAGCAUACAACAUGGUAGGAACUUCUGGAGUGUUUGAUGUUGUGUUUAGGAGAUCAGAGAAAGUGAGAGAUCGUUGAUUGGGCAUCCGAAUGAUCUCGAGAGUUUUGAGGAGAACCUCGAAAUGCCUGCGCAAUAUUAUGUAAUGGACGACAACAUGAUGUCAGAUGGGGGUAUGAUGAACCUGGCAGAGAGCAGGUUCUUGCUGAACACGGAGGUUGGCAAUAUUUCAGUGAGUUUUCCCUUUUUGAUAUAAAAAUUUGUAACGGAUUUCUACUGCAAUAUAAAAAAUUUUUUCUUAUUCUGUUCAGUGAUUAUUUUCUGAUAUGCAUGUCAUAUUACGACUUCAGGUAACCCGUGAAGACCUCAUUUCUGUUGGAGUGGACGUUUCCGACCCCACCAAUAUUAAUGUAAAUUCGGGCCAAUCUGAUGCCUUAUUGUUAAUGUGCCAAGAGCGUGGAGAUGGGAUCCAAUCAGAAUAUGGAGAUUAUGAGAUGAUGAAUGACUUGGGCUAUCCACCGCAUCUCAAACCUGAAGAUCAUGAGUCAGAAAUCUUUUAUCAAAACUCCGCUCCAGGCCCAUCAACUUCAUCUAUCGGAGACCAAAGCAAAGGCGAUGAAUUGUAUGCUUAUAUCACUGAUGAAGGGAGUUUGACGUUAAUGGGGAAGAACGGAAGGUGUGUAGCGACGGUAAGUCAAAUUUAAAAAAUAUUUUGUUCAUUAUUUAGUACCAUCGCGAUGAUCUUCGGGAAAUGGGAGUGACUGAUGCCACGGCUCUCAGCGAAACCGAAAUGCAAGAUCUUGUACAUAAUUUGAGUAAUAAUGAAGAGGUCCCGGUGAACUAUGCUGCAUAUUCUGCCGGUCCAGCUACGCCAGUAUCAUAUCAGCCUCCUCCAACUCCUCAGCCACGCGUUCAACAUGUCCCACAUCCACCGCAAAAGACUCAGGCUCAAGUCAAUGGACAUGUUGGAGAAGUGGUAGAGGUUAAUAAAGGAAGAUUAGGACCGAGACCAGCGGUGAUUAGGUACUUUCGAGACAACGGGACCUUCAAAGUUCAGUUUGAUGUAAGUUUUUUUGUAGUAGUCUAUUGCAAUGUAUAGGAUGGACAUUUUGAAUGGGUGAAAGAAUCCGAAAUCACAAGGAAAACGAAAAAUAAGAGGAUGGUAGAGAAGGUGAAGAUUCAACCGGGUCAAAAACGACCGCAUCUUGUCAGAAAUGGUAGGAUUUAGAUAUGUGAUGUCAAGUGUAAUAUAGGAAACGCCAAAAUAACAUCAUUUUCUUACAGAUUCUUCUGCAGAACAUCAUUUAGCCACCGGACCAAUCGAAAAGCCCACAUUAAUACACGCGAAUUCCGGAUAUUGCGCCUUGUGUGACAAGAAAAUCCCGAAUGCCCGUCCUGCAUUCAUUGUCAUCAGAAUCCCGGCCUGCAGGUGUUGUGCUGAGAAUAAAGCACUCCUCGUGGAGGAUAUAAUAGGCCCUGUGGCUAAAAGAUCACGUCAACCCAGUGGAAAUAAGGACGGAGAAAGAACUCGGAACACUUCGGAGUCAAAUUUGGUGAUACUAAAGGAGCCGAAAGCGAUGAAGAUGGUGAAGAAUCCGAGCACCGACAUCGAUGAGCGUGAGGUCACCGAACCUCCGCCAGAUUUAGAACCGAAUUAG